AUGUCAUGGUCUUGCGUAUAUUGCACCCUUCUAAAUGAUCCGCUAUUUUUGACGUGUCAAGGAUGUGGCUCGCAAAAACCGCAGGGAAAAGAGAAAUCGAGAGGAAUUCAGGGUUUUUUGAAGGAUUCGAUAAAAGAGGUGGGAAAUGUGGUGAGCGAUUUGUGGGAUAUUUCAUCACGGAAAAUGGCACCGCAUAAUAUUGUCAGGAUUCCUGAUGGGUGAGUUUUGAGGCUUGAAUGAGACUUUUUUUUUUGAUAAAAAUAUUUCGAAAUAUUCAUAGUUCGAGAGGGAAAAAAACCUAUAAAAUAAUGUGAAACAUCGUUAGGGUGGGCAUUUUUUUUUGGAGAAAAAAAGAAAAUUUUGCCACGUCAUAACUUGAGUUAGGCAAGAUUUGGUUAUACAUAGAACAUGUUUUUUUUUUUAAUUUUUGAAGCUUUUACGAAAAAUCUUCUUCAAAAUUGAAUUCAAAACCAAAACAUCUCUAGAAAUUUUUACAUCCAAAAAUGUUUCAAACGAAAAAUUUUCUCUGAAACUUCAAGAUUUCCAAUUUCCAGUUCCAAUUCUUUUCCAAAAAAAUUUCAUAAUCCUUGCAGCUACCAUGGAUACAAAAUCUAAACAAAAAGCAUCUUUCUAUUCACAUUCGUCUUCAAUUUUGUCACGAGUUUACCCCAAAAAAUGUUUAUGAUUUUCAGACACUCUUCUCUCCCGCUCGGUCCACCCAUUGAUAAUUUUAUUUCCGCCCCGCCAGCUUCAUCAUCUUCUACGUUUUUUGUGCCCAGUGUGAGUGUUAUCGUUAUGACCCCUAGUGUCUUAUCGUGGUUUUUUUUGGAAAAAAUAUAGCGAGAAAAAAAACCACUGCGUCCACUUUCUUUGAGAAAGUGCAAAGCAAUUUUUCCUCAUUUUCAGGCGAACGAGCAUAGGUAUCAGAAUUUGGAUUUCGAGAUCGAUUCGAGUUUCAAUUCGAGUCUGCGCUCUGAAGAUACGAUGAAAGUGAAGAGAGAUGUCGAGGAAAAAAGUGAGAAGAUUUACCAAGAUAUUUUGAGUUACUGCCAGUGAGUUUUUGGGAUGGCUAUAGGUUUUUCGAAUUUUUAAUUGUAGUGCAAACCAAACAUCUUUUAUCGAUGAUCAAUUUCCUCACAGUAGUCGAAGUAUUGGAGUUUUGAAUUUCAAACGAAACGGAAAACAUCAUAGUGAGUUGCUAGAUAUUCUUCUAAACCCCUUCUAACUUCUAAAAAUUUCAGACGAAGUUCCAAAUUUUCUUCAAUGGCUUCGCCCAACUCAAAUGUUCACCAAAGAUGGUCGACAAUGUCCUUGGACAGUUCUAAAUAAUCCAACCCCAUCAGAUAUUGAACAAGGCACAUUAGUUGGAGAUUGUUGGUUGAUGUCUGCGAUGGCUGUGAUCGCGGAAAGACCCGAAGUGUUGAAUGAUAUAUUUCCAUCGAAAGAAUAUUCAUAUCAAGGUGUUUAUCGAGUCAAAGUUUGUGUGGAAGGAGAAUGGAAAGUUAUCAUUGUUGACGAUUUUUUCCCGUGCUACAAAGGUGUUAAUAAUAUGGCGAUGGCUGUUGGAAGACGGAAUCAAUUAUGGGUUUCAUUGAUUGAAAAAGCACUGGCUAAAGCUAUGGGGAGUUAUUCGAUGCUUCACGGAGCAUCGUUGACACAAGGGUUAUCAAUGUUGACCGGGGCUGCUUGUGUGAAUUAUGAUACUCCAGAAAACCCGAUGGAAAUCGACACAUUUUGGGCGCAAUUGAUAAGCUCGAAAUCUUCAGGAUUCUUGAUGUGUUGUGUUUGCGCGGCAAAACCUGGCACCUUUUCCGACGAGGAUUUUCGUGCCAAGGGUCUUUUGACCAAUCACGCCUAUUCAAUUCUCGAUGUCAAUGAUCAAUAUGGUCAUCGUUUAUUACGAGUCAGAAAUCCCUGGGGACAAUUUGUAUGGAAUGGAAAAUGGUCAGAUAAUUGGAAAAAUUGGCCGAGUCAAAUGAAAGAUAAUUUGUUAACAAAUAGGAAAAGAGAAACUGGUGCAUUUUGGAUUGAACUCGAUGAUUUUAUAAAUAUGUUCACAUUCGUCACAAUCUGCAAACUUCGAUCGAAUUGGAGCGAAUUUCGACAUAGUCAAACUGUAGGAAUCGAUACACCAGUGAUUCAACUUAUCGUGACAGAAACUUGUGAAGCAUCCUUUAUGGCUUUUCAAAAGGGUUCAUUUGCAGUCAAAGAUGAUUCUGUGGUGAGCUAAUUUUUUUUGUUGAAAAUUUGGAAGAGAAAGUUAUUUUAGAACGAUAUGAUGUUAAGUGUGCAUCGAAUUUCAUCAAAAGGUGUGAUUGGUGAAAUGAUCGGACGGUCACCAAGACUUGCGCAAAGACAUGUGAAUACUGAUGAGUUUUUCCUGCAUCCUGGACAUUAUGUUAUAAUGUUUUUCAAUUUGAAAAAUGGGAAUAUUAAACCAAUUACAAUGAAUCUUGUUUGUCAUUCUUCCAAGCAAAUAUUUUAUGAAACAAUUAGGCAAUCUUCUCAAAUGUUCAACCACGCGCUCAGAGAAAUUAUUCUGAAAGAUGGAGAUUUGGUUAGCAAUACGGUAAGUUUCAUCUAUUGAAAAAAAUCCAAAAAUCGUAAUUUUUAAGGAAUCUGGAAUAGUUAUCCGAACUUUAACCAAAAAAUUCCGCGGGAUGAUAAUUAUGGCGGACAACUUUUUGAAUAACCGAUGGCUUCAUUUAGGAAUUGAUUGUAAUGAAUCAAUGAACAUUCAAUCAUCUCGAAAUUCUCUUCAAACAACUGAUGUUAUUCCACCAAUGUCAUAUAAUAUUGUGAUUAUUCUAUCAACAAUUGAUGAUUUAGCUGAAUAUCGAGUGGCGAAUAAUUUGAAGGUAAAUAUCAAAAGUUUGAUACAUUUUCAAUUCUAUCCCGAUUUUCCCUAAUAUAUGUGUCAAUUUUUCCCAGAGCAUUGUCCAUCGUAACAAAUAUAUUGGGCCGGAAAUGAACUACGAAGCUUCGAUUGUUCACUCGAAACUUCAACAUUAUCCAAUUCUCGAUAUUUCUGAUCGCCUUCAUUCUUCCCAUUCUCUGUUCUAUGAAACGUAA